CCCCGUGACGUAAAGACGCAAGAGAGCGGGCGCAUUGCAUUGUGGUCGCCGGUGCCUCGGAAACAGAAAGCAGUGGCGCUCGAGCUCCAGAAAGCUACGCUAACAUUCAGCCUGGACUCAAUAACAGUUCUGUAGUUGGUGAACUUUGAACGCCUACGAAAGCAGCCAUGUCGUCGACAUCCCAAAAACAUAGAGAUUUUGUGGCCGAGCCCAUGGGCGAGAAGCCUGUGAUGGCUCUUGCAGGCAUUGGAGAGGUCCUUGGCAGAAGACUGGAGGAAAAAGGUUUUGACAAGGCAUAUGUUGUCCUCGGGCAGUUUCUAGUGCUAAAGAAAGACGAGGAGCUUUUCCGGGAUUGGCUGAAGGACACUUGCGGGGCAAAUGUCAAACAACAAGGUGACUGCUUUGGCUGUCUUAAAGACUGGUGUGACGCCUUCUUAUAAAUCAUUCAGUCAUUGUUUUAUACUUCUAAAGUCCGAACUGUACAUUACAUCUGUGAUCUUGAUUCAAUUCAGCUACACCAUGUAUAUGAACUUGCUCUGAACACUCUAGGGAGAUAAUUGAAGUCAAUCCUUUGGCCCCCAAACUGAAUUCACACAUUACACACCCAGGUAGCCCUUUUAUAGCAGACAUUUUAACUGGUUGUAGAAGUAAAAGCAGCUGGUUUAACUAAUAACAGUAAGUCAUGUCAUGCUAUGUCACGGAGCCAGCAUUCAAGUAGCAGGGCUGUGACACAGGGACACCUAAAUGUAAUGCAGCCUUUAUUAAUGUUCUGUGAGAACCAACUAUGGAGGUGCCUCAGGCGGAAAACUGUUAGUCUCCAGUUUUGGGGAAAAAGCGGCUCAUGUUCAUAAUAUUAAUUUUGUCAUUGGAAUAUUGCAUGUACCGCCUGCUAAAGGUUGAAUUUUAAAUGUAUGAUUCAUCCAUUGUUGGUCAUGUACUGGGAAUGUUUUCAGCUAAACAUGGUUAGCUUGUUCUAUGUUUAAACAUUAUACCUUCAGACAAAUCUUGAUGUGUUUCAGUUCAGCACCCAUUUUUCUUUCUGUGUAACCUGAAGAUUUACCAGUACAAUCUAGACUUAUUUGUAUUCACCUUCCACUCUUGGGCUUCUUACCCCGUUUGCCUGUUUUUUUUAAAAGCCAUUUGAAAGUUGAUGUGAGCUUUCUUAAAUAUACAUCGUAUCAAAGUUUAGAAUCAAGUACUUCUGGUCCAACAACAAUGUCUUGUUGAACUGUCUUACAGCGGGUGUGACGGAUUUAUGUGACACACAAAAACUAAUCCUCAAAACAAAUGUUACACUGGUUUUAGCAGAAAAGUUGUUUUUUAUGACAAAAACUUUUAACUUUGAUCUCAAAGAAACAGCAUGACCAGGCCCCCGCAUAUGGUCUGCUCAAAGUUUGUUUGAACCUGAAGAUGGAAAAGUAUAUGAAUAAAGAUACCAAUGCUACAUACUCACAUGUCUAUUCCUGAUUGCUGCAGCCUUUCCAUUAAAUAAUUUACUGACAAGUAUGUGUCUGCCAGAUAAGUUAGCAGUAAACAUAAAUUACAAACAAUACGUUUUGUGC